CACGAACUAUAGCUUCUUCCUAUUCAUCAUUCAGAGAAGAAGAACUAUCAACAACACCAACACUCUAGAAUAUGCAUCAAUCAUAAUCCAAACUUCAAAUAUGAACAAGUUUUAUUAUCAUUUAUCUCAUAUUUUCAUCAAUCUUCCCAAACUCAAAAUCACUCAUUGCUACUACCCAUUUCAAAACAAUCUUCGAAUCAGGUCAUCAUCCACUGCCACUCUUACUUCAGAAAUGAAACGCUGCAAUUACUUCAUUUCAAAGCUAUGCAGAGAAGGCAAAGUCAACGAAGCACGCAAGGUGUUUGAUGAAAUGUCUAAACGAGAUAGUUGUUUAUGGACUACAAUGAUAAGUGGGUAUAUCAAAUGUGGUUUGAUUAACGAAGCUAGGAAGUUGUUUGAUAGACCGGAUGCGCAGAAAAGUGUCAUUGUUUGGACUGCGAUGGUUAGUGGGUAUAUUAAGAUGAAUCGAAUUGAGGAAGCUGAGAGAUUGUUUAAUGAGAUGCCAGUUAGGAAUGUUGUGUCGUGGAAUACGAUGAUUGAUGGGUAUGCGAGGAAUGGAAGGACGCAGGAGGCUUUGGAUUUGUUUGGUAGAAUGCCGGAGAGGAAUGUGGUUUCUUGGAAUACGGUUAUGACGGCUUUGGCGCAUUGUGGGAGAAUUGAUGAUGCGGAGAGGCUUUUUAAUGAGAUGCGGGAAAGGGAUGUGGUUUCGUGGACUACUAUGGUUGCAGGUUUGUCGAAAAACGGAAGAGUUGAUGCUGCGAGGGAAGUUUUUGAUAAGAUGCCGAUUCGUAAUGUGGUUUCGUGGAAUGCGAUGAUUGCAGGUUAUGCGCAGAAUGGAAGGUUUGAUGAGGCUUUGAAGUUGUUUGAGAGAAUGCCGGAGAGGGAUAUGCCUUCUUGGAAUACAAUGGUCACUGGUUUUAUUCAGAAUGGGGAUUUGAAUAGGGCAGAGCAGUUAUUUCAUGCAAUGCCACAAAAGAAUGUCAUUACUUGGACUGCUAUGAUGACAGGAUAUGUACAACAUGGUCUAAGUGAAGAAGCGUUGAAAUUAUUUAACAAAAUGCAAGCUAAUGAUGGGUUAAAACCAACCACUGGAACUUUCGUGACAGUUUUGGGUGCUUGUAGUGAUUUGGCAGGUCUUCCUGAAGGACAACAAAUCCAUCAAAUGAUUAGUAAAACAGUUUUUCAGGAGAGCACAUACGUGGUAUCAGCGCUGAUAAACAUGUACUCUAAAUGUGGCGAUUUUCAUGUUGCAAAGAAGAUGUUUGAUGAUGGACUGUCCGGGCACAUGGAUUUGAUAGCUUGGAAUGGUAUGAUUGCCGCCUAUGCACACCAUGGAUAUGGCAAUGAAGCAAUAAACCUAUUUAAUAAAAUGCAAGAAUUAGGUUUCCAAGCAAAUGAUGUCACUUAUGUUGGACUUCUCACAGCUUGUAGCCAUGCUGGUUUAUUUGACGAGGGGUUUAAAUACUUUGAUGAGCUUUUAAAAAACCGAUAUAUACAAGUAAGAGAAGAUCACUAUACUUGUUUGAUUGAUCUUUGUGGUCGUGCUGGAAGGCUGGAUGAAGCUUUAAAUAUCAUUGAGGGACUCGGAAAAGAGGUGUCAUUGUCUCUUUGGGGUGCACUCCUAGCUGGAUGUAGCGUGCACGGGAAUGCUGAUAUUGGGAAGCUCGUGGCUGAUAAAGUCUUGAAAAUGGAACCAGAAAAUGCAGACACCUAUUUAUUAGCUUCAAAUAUGUAUGCUUCUGUUGGAAUGAGGGAAGAAGCUGCCAAUGUUAGGAUGAAAAUGAAAAAAAAAGGCUUAAAGAAGCAGCCAGGUUGUAGUUGGAUUGACGUUGGAAAUACUGUGCAAGUAUUUGUAGUCAAUGAUAAAUCACAUUCUCAAUUUGAGAUGCUAAAGUAUUUACUUCUUGAUUUACAUACAAAAAUGAAGAAGAACAGGGACAUGUCAGAUGAUGAUUUAUUGGUUGAUGUCGAAAUUUAGUAGCACAAAACUUCAAAUCCUUGUUGAUUUAUGCGGUGGAGUUGAAUUGUGGUGAAAUUUACUGCCCCUGAAUAACUUCAUGUGAAAUAAUCUGCCAAUUUUUGAUUGAUUGUAUGAGAUAACAUGAUGUACGAGCAAGCAAAGAGUUCAGAAUUCAAAGGCUUCACUGGCAUUGGCAGAUUCAUAUACUCAGCCUGGUUGCCCUAAAUGUGCUUUGUUAGAUGAAAUGAUUUUGCUAUAGAAUCAGUUUAUGGAAAGCAAGAGUUGUUGCUAAAUGGCCUGAUUACAAACAGAAAAUUGAAGGCGCUUCGACGCAACACAAUCCUGUUCUGUCCAUUGUAUUCCGUAAGUCCAUAUACCAUUCUGCUUUUGGCUAACACUUGUCUGAACAAAACAAAAUUGGGACAGAGAUGUAAUCGGUUCGAAACCAUUUGGGAGGUUUAUGGUUACAAAGGAAUGUAGAUACCGUGGAUCCAAUUAUUAGAAAGUGAAAUUCACAUACGCCUUCGGUUAAGUUGAUUGGUGAUUUGGUUGCUUACUCGUUGAUUGUUUAUGUUAAGGUUAGUUUAGGAGAUUUAGAUUUUGCUUUGAAGAUGUAUAAUGAGAUGGUGAGAAGAGGUUUUAGUGAGAGUUCGCUUGUUUACACGUUUAUACGAGCAUUUUGUGAGAAGGGAAGGGUUGAUGAAGCGAUUGGUUUGAUGACGGAAAUGGAAGGGAAGGGGUUAAGGGCUUAUGAUGAGACUUACGAAUGUGUUAUUGUUGGAUGUGCAGAUUCGGGACGGUUGAAUGAGUGUUGGAGUGUUUUUGAAGAAAUGUUGAGUGUUGGGUUUGUUCCUAGUGGUUUGUUGUUUGAUAAGGUGGCUGAGAAGCUUUGUGAUGGGGAAGUAGAGAAGGUGAAUGAUAUGUUGACUGUGUUGUUAGAUAAAGGGUUUUUGCCUAGUGAUGUUAAUUAUUGAUUGUCUGAUACAUUGUUAUGAGAGAAAGGACGAAGUUUAAGGAGUUCUUAAGAUUUAUUAUGAAAUGGAGUAUAAGUCUAUGUGUCCUGGAUUUUCUGUUUAUUCAUCGAUGAUUCAGUGUUUCUGCCAUCUUGAUAAGGUUGAUGAUGCAGAGAAGUAUUUAAGGAUUAUGAAAGGUCGAUCGCUGGCUCCAAAUGUGAGUAUAUAUGAGAAGUUGAUCGCUGAUCACAUGCAGAAGGGAAACGACGAAAGUGCUCUUCAGCUUCGCAAUGAAAUGGCCUCAUUGAAGUUGCAGUGUAGUUAGCGUUCCCAAACAAGUACUGUAUGAAUCAGAGGCACUAUAUGUUUGAAAGUUGAAACUUUGCAUACAAUUUCAAGUGAGCUGAAAAUUGUUUUGAAGAUUUUGGAGAAAUUGCAAACAUAUUUUGUCUUCAUACGGAUCAAAAAGAGAGGUUCAGAGGCUGUAGACAUAUUGAUUUUACAAUAGCCAACUGACUGCAAGCAUCUCCAAGACUGUAUAUGAAGAAAUAUGAAAAACAGACGAUGAUGAAUUACAUUUUUACAAGUUUUACAUCAAGAAUACGAUACUUCAUCAAUCGUUUACCUGUUCAUUCAGAAACUUAGAUGUAAUAAAAUAUUACUAAGCUUCUUUGGAUUUAAAAUUUACUAUUGAUUUGCUUGCAUAUUUCCCCUUUAUUGUUUAUAGUCAAUUGAAAAUUCUAUUUGAUGUUUCUUGAGAACAUUUAUUUAUUACUCUCAACAAAUGUAUAGUGGAAAGGAGCUGCCAAUUUUAGGAUGAAAAUCAAGGACAUGGGAUACAUGAAUCUACCAUUU